AUGGCACCGCUACUGGCGUCUCGCGAGCGUUCAACCGCGACUGGACAGGCGGCCGUGCGAGACAAUGCGGCGGGAGAUACGAUCUUCUGGAAUGGAGAUAUUUCUCCCCGCAGUGCUCCUGGCAGUGGUGAUGUCGCGAGCAGCGGCAGCAGCGGUAGCAGCGCCAAGGACGAUGCCCCUGGUAGCACCGCUGCUGGCAACGCUAACAGCAGCGGUCGUCGUGACGGCGGCACGAACGCGCCUUCCGCGAGCCUUCGGUGGAGGCGACUAGGCAAUGUGGUGUCGUUCUCCACGCGGCUGGCGAUGGCGUCGCGCAGUGCGGCAGCGUCGCUGGACGAGCUGGGAUUGGUGGACGACACGCUCACAGGCGUCGCCAACACCGUCGCCGCCGCCACCGCCGCCGCCGCUUUCGCCGCUGGUGGUGGUGGUGAUGCUGCUGCUGCUGCUGGUGCUGACGCUGCUGCUGCGGAUGAUGCUGAUCUUGAUGGUGGUGGUGCCUUAGCCGAGCAGAAGAGCUUUCCUAGCGAGGACGGCACGGGGAGGAAGGCGGGUGGAGUCGCAAGGGGGGCGGCGGAGAAAGGGCUGCAUACCGUGGCUGAAUGGGGGGAUGAGGGGGAAGGUGGGGGGAAGAGCGGGGGAACGGUGGCUGGAGAGAUUUGGGAGAAGCUUGAGGAGGAAGGAGAGGGGGAAAAUGGGUGGAUGGUGAGUGAUGAUGGUAUGAGUGAAGAGGAUGGUUCAGUGGUGAGUGGAUUAAGGGCCAGUGAGGAGGUGGCACGGGGGCGAGAGUAUGGGGAGGGCGUGCAGGGAAGGGGGAGAGGAUGGGGAGUAGUGCGAGCGAGAGUGAGAGAGAACCUAGGACAGAGCACUCGUGGCAAUGGUGGUGGUGGUGGUGGUGGUGGUGGUAAAGGUGCUGCUGCUGCUGCCGCUGCUGGUGGUUUCAGUGGCGAUGGAAAGGGAGUGAGGGUAGGAGUGAGUGAAGCAGGGGAAAGUGGUAAGGCGGAGGGGGAGGAGCAAGAGGGGGAAGAGGCGGAGGAGGCAGGGGAGUUUGACGAUGGGCACCCGCCUUCGACUCCCCCUACCACUGCUCCGCCUCCCCCCCGGUCCCCUCCCCCUCCCGCUCCGCCUGCCAUGUCAGCAGCAGCGCUGUUCAAGCCGCGGGGGCGCAAGAGCGUGGAGAGCAUUCGGGUCACGCAUGACGCGCGCCUCUACUGCGUGCUCACAGACGUCUACGUUACCUGCCUCAAGAUGCCUCCGCUGGCGUUCUUCGUGGCAGUGUUUGCAGCCCCCAUCGCCCUCAGUCUGCUCUUCACGCCGCUCUUCCUGCUCGGCGUGGGCGGCCUGCAGUUCGAAGACGGCAUCUUACCGCCCCUCCACCCCCUCACUCACUCCCACACUCACCCGCAUCCUCACCCUGACUCGCACCCGUACCCUCACUCCCACGCGUGUUCUCACUCGGGCGACUCACUGGCGAGCCAGUUAGAGGCGAUUCGCGAUUCAGCGCAGCAGCAGGCACAGCACGAGGAACAGCUGUAUCAGCUAGACCUCGAAACGCACAGCCUUCCUUACCACCAGCAGCAGCCUCAGCAGCAUUACCACGACCAGCAGCAGCAGGAGCAGCAGCAGCAGCAGCAGCAGCAGCCACACUGCCACGAGCAUCACUCCCCAUCCACCACCUGCCCUCCCUCCUCCUCCUCCUGUUCCUCCUCUCCCCUUCACACGCCCCUCCUCUCCUCGCUCCCUCCUCGUCUGUACAGUGUCCUCGUCACACUGCUCUCUCUCACCACCUCCACCUGUGUGCUCUGCCUCGCCACCGUGCAGCGAGCUCUCUUCAUCAUCCUCAACGUCUUCCUCUACUCCGUGUCCCUGUCCACGACCUUUGGCGGCUCGCCUGUGUCAGCGCACUCGCCCUACACACUCGUGCUCGCCAACCUCAACACACUCCUCGCACAGUUCCUCUUCGUCUUCCUCUCCGGCGCUGUGUUUGCGCGCAUGUCAGUGCCAUCGCAGCCAGUGCGCUGCUCCCGCACUGCUCUCAUCUCUGACCAGGCCUUCGCCCUGCCCUCCUCUGCUGCUGCCUCUGCCAAGGCGUCUGAAUCUGCUGCUGCUGCUGCUCACCCAGACCGAGUCCGGGUCUUCUCAGCGCGCUUUGUGCUGACGGGCCCGGCGCCCUGCGACCUGGUGGACGCACAGGUGUCGCUCACCUUCCGCUGCUUCCACAUGCUGCCCUCGGGCUCCGUCUUCUGCUCCGUGCACGACCUCCCUGUGGUCAAGGGGCAGGUGCCAUACCUGCAGUACGGCAUGAGUGUGCGGCACAUAGUGGACGAGAGCAGUCCGCUGUGGGGGCACACGCCAGCCUCGCUGCAAGCGGGCGAUGCCAGCUUCGCCCUUGUCGUCUCGGGCACCGACAGGGCGUCCAUGCAGCCCGUCUUCCACAUCCAGGACUACUACGUGCAUGACGGGGAGGUGCAGUGGGGCAGUGAGUACGACGACUUUGUCAGUGUCUCGCACACGGGCGAGAGGGUACUCGACCACUCGCGAGUCGACGCCAUUAAGACCUUCAAGUCUGCUGCAUUCGUCUCCCUCUCUCCUUCCCCCCCCUUAUUCUCCCCCUCUGCCUGCACUCUAACCAUCGAGAAGGCGGCAGACCAGGGGAGGAUUCUUGGCAUCCAUUUUGAAGGGAGUAGUGGGCACGGAUAUUAUAGGACGCAGGCAGGGAGGAAAGUUUUCCAGGCAAGGAACAUUGUUUUCUCCCUUUCGAGAGUUAUGGAUAGCGGGUAUGAUUCCGACGUAGGGUCAGAUGAUAAUGGCGGAACCGAAAUAGAAAAUGCGUUCGGUUCAGGCUUGCCUGAAGUGACUCAACCUGGAAGGACUGCUGCUGCUGCUGAUGCGGCUGCUGCUGCUGCAGAGGCUGGUAAUCGUGGUGGUAGCCUGGAGUAUACUAAACGCGGCGCGACAUCGGCAGAGAACGAAUCGGGAGGUGGGGAGACGACGGUGAUGGCGUUGAAGGAAGCGCUGAGGCGCGAGGGAGAUGCGAUCAUUGAGAGUCGCAUGCGCCCGGUGGUGUCGAUGCUGGAUCAGGCGCACCGCUCCUACCGUGCGCUGCACGCGCGCUACGAGAAGCAGCGCGCGGAGCACGAGCGCCUGCGCGGGUACGCGCGCGUGCAGGACGUGCGCGUGCUGGCGCUGGGGGAAGACCUGGACGCGCUCGAGGCGCGCAUGAAGAGAGACGGCCCCGUGGCGGCUCUUGAGUGGCUGCGAUCGCGGGAGAGCGGGGAGAGCAGUGGGAACACCAUGAAACCGGCUCUCGCCGAACGCAAGGAGCAGGAGCUUCGUACUGUCGCAACGAAAGGCGCAGCCGCCGUUUCCACUGCCAGUGAAGCUGCGACACCAGCUCCAGCACAGGCACCGGCACCGACACCGGCACUGGCACCAGCUGCGGCACCGGCACCAGCACAGGCUGUGCCAGAGCCGCCUCGCCGGGUGGGCAAGGCGCUGGGUGGAGGGACCGUUGGGGCGCAAGUGGGGGAGAUCGCAGCGGAGUGGGAGCGGGUGUGGCUGACAGCGGUGGAGGCGGUGAAGGCGGGGAAGGCAGGGGAGGUGGGGGAUGCGGGGAAGGCGGGGAACGCGGCGGCUGCGGGGAAGGCGGAAGAUGUAGAGGAGGUGGGGAAACUGACGGGCGGAAAGCAGAGACUCGACUUGCGCUCCGAUUCCCCUGCGACGUUUCUGAGUCAACCUCAGUCACAGGACUUGCUGAACGAGCCUACAGGAACCAGCACUCCUCCUCCUCCCAGCACUCUCAACCACACCACGGGCAGCACUACUACUAGCAGCAGCCCAGCGCCUCCAACCGCAGCGGUGUCAGAGCCAGGCCGGUUCCCAGCCCCUGCUACCAGUCUCCCCACUGACGCUGCUGCUGCCCCUGCUGCCCCUGCUGCCUUGGUUCCCCCUGGCGGGGAAGACGAGGCGGGGGGGGCAGUGCAGUCCCGGGGGGUGGGGGUGUUGGCGCCGCAAGGGGAGCAGUCAGGGGGAGCAGUCAGGGGGAGUCCUCUGGGGAAGAGGGAGGGGGGCUGGCAAGGUGAUAGGGAGGAGCGUGGCGAGACAGAGGGAACAGGGAAGAGUUUUGAGGCGUCUGACAAGUGGAUCGGGGAGAGGGAGGCGGCGGAUAUUGCGAGUUGCUCCACUGACACUCAGCUGAGGCCUGCUGAGCGUGAGUCGAGUUCGACAACCGUGACGGCGACGACGGUGGCAGCGCCAGCAGCAGAAACAGAAGCAGAAGCAAGAGGUACUGGUGGGUUCAUCGUGGAGGGUAGCAAUGGCAACAGUGGUAAUACGGUCGCGGCGACCCGUGCCAAAUGGGAGGCACUCAGUGCCAAGGCGGCAGAGGGCGGUAAGGAGGGCGGGGCAGAGAAGAGGAUAGAUGACGUGGCACGCAGCCGGCCGUCAAGACGCAGCGGGCGGCACAGCCGGAGGCCCAGCGUGGUUGAGAUAGAAGAGAUUAUCGAGCCCUCGCCUGCCUCUCCUGAGGUUUUCUCUCCUGCUUCUCCCGCUGCGGCCGCUGCUGCCACUGCCUCUGGGAAGGCGGGGUCGUGGCUGGGAGGUUCGGGCAGGGGAGCAGGACUACUGUUGAGCUCCCCUCUGUCCACUGCAGGUAGCAGUGCUAGCAUGGACAUGGGUGAGGGUUCUCCUCUUGGUACUAGCGCCUCUGGGCCAUCCGUGGCAUCAUCGCCAGGGCUGUGGACCCAGCCCCUUGGCACCCCGCUUCAUCAACUCUCCCCAUCACCUCUCUCUUCAGCCACCGGCCGUGCUUUCGCAUCAGACCCAGGCUAUUCCGCUUUCCUCUCCGCUGAACACUCGCCUGGAGUGGCAGCAGCAGCAGGAUGGGGGAGCAUGCAGUGGGACCUUUCCCCCCAGAAGCAGCCUGGGCAGCACGAGGAGUUAGUGCAGUCUGAGCUUUAUGAGCCUCCUCCCAGCGGUGCUGGGAUGGACAGGAGGAGGGCGACGUCGGGUGACUUUGUGAUGGAGACAACGCCUGCGAAAGGGGGCUGGGAGGGGGGCAGUGGCAGCCAGUCGCCUCGGAGGGCGACGACGGCAGAGGAGGCAGGUCUGUGGGGGCGGAAGGGGGUAGGGGAGAGGAGUGGCAGCACUGGCGCGGAGGAGGGGUGGGUCGGCAGCACUGGUGAAAGUGGCAGUGGCGGUGAGAUGGCGGAGAGGAAUUCACAGCAAGGGUUUUUUGGGCGGGUGGUGGGUGCGUUGAGGGAGGAGGCUGCGAGGAAUGUGGACAGGAUAAGCGAAAAGGGGAUCUUGGCGAUUCCGGGUGCUACGGGGGGGUUUUACUAUGGGCUGGUUCGACGGUCUCUUGGAGGUUCGUAA